AUGAACACCGAUCUGGCGACCGGAGUGAAUCUGGCUUGGGCGAUCGCGGCCGGCGUCGACGGCCUCGGAGAUGUCGGAGUGGUGGUUUGCCCUCCAUUCAUCUCGCUGGCAGCGGUUCGGGAGGCGAUAUCGAACCGCCCGGUUUCUAUCGGCGCCCAGAACAUGCACCAUGACGACAGCGGAGCAUUUACGGGCGAGGUAUCCCCGGUCAUGUUGGCCGGCGUGUGCGACUACGUACUGCUGGGACACUCGGAGCGUCGCCAAAUGUUUGGCGAAACCGAUGAGAUGGUGGGUAGGAAAGUGGCAGCGGCGGUGGCUCACGGGCUGCGCCCCAUCGUGUGCGUGGGUGAAACCCUGGAACAGCGAGAAGCCGGAAACGCCACCGAAAUCGUGCGCUGGCAGGUUACCUCGGCCCUGGCGGAGAUAGACGCAGGCUCGGCCAACGAGCUGGUCAUCGCCUACGAACCGGUAUGGGCCAUUGGAACCGGCCGGGCGGCUACACCGCAAAUCGCCGACCAGAUGAUGGGCGGAGCAAUAAGGUCUACCGCGGCGGCCACCAUGCCCCUGCUGUACGGUGGCAGCGUUAAUGCCGGCAAUGCCCGCGAAUACGCCAGUGUUGCGAACAUCAACGGCGCCCUGGUUGGGGGAGCCAGCCUGGACGCUGAUUCCUUCCUGGCAAUCGCCAGAUUGUUCGGCGACGGCAAGGACCGGUAA